AUGUUUGUUGUAUGUAUGUUAAGCAUGUACAUGGAAGAUCCCACUAAACAACAUCUACUAGCAGUAAAGAGAGUUCUUCGUUAUCUGAAAUGCACUUUGAGCUAUGGAAUCUGGUACAAGAAGCAAGGUGGAGAAGACAACCUGGUUGGCUACACAGACAGUGAUUAUGCAAGAGACUCUGAUGAUAGGAAGAGUACUAGUGGGUACAUCUUCUUUCUUGGUGGUGGAGCUGUUUCGUGGCCAUCUAAAAAGAAACCUGUGGUGACCUUGUCAACCACAGAAGCUGAAUUUGUUGUUGUUGCUUACUGUGCAGCUCAAGCAGUAUGGCUAAGAAGAAUUUUGACUAGCAUUGGUUGGGAAUCAAGUAUUGAGUAG